AUGAAAAAUAAGAACAAAUAUGAUUAUCUGCUGAAGUUGUUACUGGUUGGCGAUUCCAGCGUAGGCAAAAGCAGCAUAUUGUGCAGAUACUCCGACAACCAGUUUGAGGAGAAGGUCCUGUCCACCAUAGGCAAAAGCAGCAUAUUGUGCAGAUACUCCGACAACCAGUUUGAGGAGAAGGUCCUGUCCACCAUAGGCAUCGACUUCAAAGUGAAGUACCUCAAAAUAGACAAUAAGACGAUCAAGGUGGGCAUUUGGGACACGGCUGGGCAGGAGAGGUUCCGGACCCUGACGUCUGCGUAUUAUAGAAACGCGCACGCGAUCAUCCUGGUGUACGACUGCACCGUGAGGGAGUCCUUCGAGAACCUGGACGUGUGGAUUCACGAAAUCGAUAAAUAUUCUACAAACAAGAAUGCCAUUAAGAUGUUGGUGGCGAAUAAGAUCGACAAAGCUAAUCACGAAGUGACGAAAGAUGAGGGGAAGAAUUUCGCCUUCGAGAAUAAUAUGUUGUUUUGUGAGACCAGCGCCAAGAAUGAUAUUAAUAUAACCUACUGCUUUGAAGAGUUAAUUCAGCAGAUUUUAAAUAACCCCUCUUUGUUAGAACUCAGCGUCGUCACCAAAAAUUUGAAGCUAAGCAAGAAGGAGGAAAAUCGAGCCAACUGCGUUUGUUAA